AGGAACCGGAGCCUGAGAGCCGGGCGCCGUGCGCUCCUCCCCGCGCUGUCCCGGCGGCCGAGGGUGAGUCGGCCGCGGCCGCGGGGCGGGCACUGGGAGGGGCGCGGUCCUCCGAGCCCGGCCUGGUGGAGGCUGUAGCCCCCGCAGUGGGCGCGCGGAGCUCGGCAGGGAGCGGACCCGCAGCCGGCACUGUCGCCUCCGCUCGCCUUGGGUUCCGAACCCUUAUCGGGGCGGAGGGCCCUGCGCCCCGGUCCAUGCUGGCUGUGGUCGGGGGCGUGCGGCCGGGCCCCCGAGACCCGCUCCGCCGAGCCGGACGGUUGCGCAGAGAUGAGGCUGCAGGCGGGGAGGCCUGGCGAGGUGGGGCUGCUCCGGGGAGGACCAGGCUCUGCCCCUCGCUUCCGUCCGAUGGCGGGCUCUUCCCCGCAGCGUCGCUCCCCGGCGGACGCCGUUUCCCGCGGCGUUCAUUUACCCCGCGCAGUUUUGCCCCCUCCCCCGGGUUGGGGCAUUUAUUGGACCAACAGUAAAUAGCUGUUGGGUAUUUAACUGUGAACGUUCCGGUGCUGGGGACCCCGCCGUGAGCGAACAGCACUCCUCGCCUCCAGGAGCGUGAAUUGUAAUAGAGGUGAGGCGUUAGUGUAACAAGCAAUAACGCAGCAAAAUAACUUCUGGUUUUGACAAGGGCCACGCACAGAAUAAACCAAGGAAAUAAAAUUGUGAGAGUUAGGGGGUUAGGGUAGCCUUGGCGGUCAGGGGAGGCUCUGUAAAGAGUUAACAUUUGGCCGUGCGCAAUGGCUCACGCCUGUAAUCCCAGCACUUUGGGAGGCCGAGGCGGGCGGAUCACGAGGUCAGGAGAUCGAGACCGUCCUAGCUAACACGGUGAAACCCCGUCUCUAGUAAAAGUACAAAAAAUUAGCCGGGCGUGGUGGCGGGCGCCUGCAGUCCCAGCUACUCGGGAGGCUGAGGCAGGAGAAUGGCCUGAACCCGGGAGGCGGAGCUUGCAGUGAGCCGAGAUCGCGCCACUGCUCUCCAGGCUGGGCAACAGAGGGAGACUCCGUGUCAAACAACAGCAACAACAAAAAAGAGUUAACAUUUGAACUGAAACCUGCUGGAGGAGAGAAGCAGCCACAGAUCCCUGAGGAGAAACUCCCAGGCGGGGGAACAGAGAGAAGGCUGGCAUGGCUGCGGCGUAGUGAGCGCGGUGCCCCAGGUCCCCGAGGAACAGGGCUUAUUCUACGUAUGGAAGGAGGUGACCCCUCCUAGUCUUCCAGACCCCAGUUAAAUGUGACUUCCCCCAGUAACAUUUCUUGGUGGUCCUUCAUCUAAAAUUAGCACCCUCCAACCCCUUGACAUUUUCUGUCUCAGCAACAGCUUGAUCUGUUGUCAUCAUAUCACUGCUCGAUUAUUUUUAGCUCAGUGCUGUUUAAUCUGAUUGAAGGUUUACUUCCUAAUUCCGAAGAUAGAACUAAAAGCAGGUUUUUUUCCCCUCUAACCAGGUAGCCCCUCCCUGAGGACAUGCACUCCCUAGACAUGAGCAAACACAAAGCAGCAGUAACUUACCCCUCCUAGCCCAAGUCCUACCCUAGUCCUGGGUUGCAGUUCUUACCAGAGUGGAGGGUGGUAUGUGUUGAGGGGUCGGGGGUCAAGUCUUCUGGCAGCCUCAUACCCUGAGAUACUCUGGUUGCCUUGUUGGGGUGAGGACAACACGUGUGGCCAUCGCAGUGGCCCAGGUGGGUCCUGCCACAGACUGCCCUGGACAGACAGUGAGUGGGGGCUGGGUGGGGGUGGUGUGGCCCUGCUCUUCCAUGCGUUUGCAGUCUGUGCCCUCUGUGCAGGGGUGAUUCACGAAUCUGUCUGAUCCACCCCCAUCGCCCUUCGUACCCUAACAUGUCAAAAGGGCUCUGCUGCCAAAUGUCACUUCAUAGCAUUGUGACCAAGCAGCCCUCCUGCCUCUAAACACACUCUUUAUUUUUAUUUGAGAGAGAGCCUCACUCUGUCGCCCAGGCUGGAGUGCAGCGGGGCAAACUUGGCUCACUGCAACCUCUGUCUACUCAAGCAGUUCUCCUGCCUCAGCCUCCCAAGUAGCUGGGAUUACAGGUGCGUGCCACCAUGUCCGGCUAAUUUUUGUAUUUUUAGUAGAGACAGGGUUUCACCAUGUUGGCCAGGCUGGUCACGAACUCCUGACUUCAAAUGAUCCGCCCUCAUCGGCCUCCUAAAGUGCUGGAAUUACAGGCAUGAGUCACCGUGCCUGGCCUCCAAACACAUGCUUUUUGUUAACUGAUGCCUAACGGGAAACAUCUCUUUACAAAGUGGCAGCUACUUAGAGGGCUCCAGCUCUACAGAAAUGGAUAGCCCCGGAGACCUUCACCCAAACACAAGAGCUCAAGUGUCUGUUGAAGGGAAGAGUGAGGAGACCAGGGCCUCAUGCCUACUCUGUAUACGUCUGCUUAGAGCAAAAUUAUUGUUUUGUUUUCUUUGAGACAGAGUCUCACUCUGUCGCCCAGGCUGGAGUUGGUGGCAUGAUCUCGGUUCACUGCAACCUCUGCCUCCUGGGCUUAAGGGAUCCUCCCAGGAUGACCAAGGUUGCACCAUUGCACUCCCACCUGGGCAACAAGAGCGAGUUGUCGGAGUCUCACUCUGUCACCCAGGCUGGAGUGCGGUGGCGCGAUCUCGGCUCACUGCAAGCUCCGCCUCCCAGGUUCACGCCAUUCUCCUGCCUCAGCCUCCCUAGUAGCUGGGACUACAGGUGCCUGCCACCAUGCCCGGCUAAUUUUUUGUAUUUUUAGUGGAGAUGGGGUUUCACCGUAUUAGCCGGGAUGGUCUUUGUCUCCACCGCACCUGGCCAAAAAAGUGUUAAAUUAGAAAGAUAGAAAGAGGCUGGGUGUGGUGGCUCACACCUGUAAUCCCAGCACUUUGGGAGACCGAGGCAAGAGAUCACUUGGGUCCAGGAGUUCAAGACCAGCCCGGGCAACAUAGUAAGACCUCAUCAAUAAUAAAAACUUUUAAAAAUUAGCGGGGUGUGGUGGCAUGCGCCUGUAGUUCCAGCUACUCAGGAGGCUGAGGUGGGAGGAUUGCUUGAGCCCAGGAAGUUGAGGCUGCAGUGAGCUGAGAUCACACCACUGCGCUCCAGCCUGGGUCACACAUUGAGACCCUGUCUCAAAAAAAGGAAAGCAAAAUAGGAGAAAAAGAGGAACCACUCAUAAUUCUACGACGCAGAGAGAGCUAGGGUUUUAUGCUACCAGCUUUAUUUUUCUGCUUACAGUCUGCUUGUUUCAUGUAGUAAAAUGCAAGAAUGUUUUCUGAUGUUCCCACAACAUGGUUUUAUUGGUUGCAGAAUCACCCAUUGUUCAUUUCAUAAUGAGCAAUGUUGCCCAGGCCGGAGUGCAAUGGUGCAACCUUGGCCAUCCUGGGAGGAAAUCUUAAGCCCAGGAGGCAGAGGUUGCAGUGAACCAAGAUCACACCACCAACUCCAGCCUGGGCGACAGAGCGAGACCCCGUCUCAAACAAAACAAAACAAUAAUUUUGCUCUAACCAGUCACGCUUUGUUCAUUUCAUAAAUCCUUUCUGAGCACAUGCUGUGUGCCAAGCCCUUCCUCAGGCCCUAGGGGUACAGACCAGAGGCCUUGUCUAAUUGGGGAAGGCAGAUAAGGAGCAAGGAAGUUAACUUGUCGUAUUUCAGAUGGCAUAGUGCUAUGGAGAAAAAUAAAGCAAGGAGCGAGGAUAAGGAAUUCCCAGGCAGGAGGGGAGGUGGCAGUUUUAAAAAGGGUGGUCACAGAAGGCCUCCCAGCAAGGUGAGAGCCAGAAAACAUUGGAAGGAGUGGGUGUUCCCAUGGAGAAGCUUGGAUACAGCUUCUCCUUGGGACGUGAAGGAGGCGGCUGAUGUGAUUGCCCCAGCACUUUACCCUCUCCUGCUCCCUUCUGGAUCUGGAGGGGCCUUCUGGGGGGCUGGAGGGCCUUAGGCCUGGGCUCUUUCCACUCAUGGCUCUAUGUUCCCUCAGAAUUCACUGUCUGUAGCAUCUGCUCCUCCACAGAGGUACCCUGGAAUGGCGAUGGCACUCCCGAUGCCUGGACCUCAGGAGGCGGUUGUGUUCGAGGAUGUGGCCGUGUACUUCACAAGGAUAGAGUGGAGUUGCCUGGCCCCCGACCAGCAGGCACUCUACAGGGACGUGAUGCUGGAGAACUAUGGGAACCUGGCCUCACUAGGCUUUCUUGUUGCCAAACCAGCACUGAUCUCCCUAUUGGAGCAAGGAGAGGAGCCAGGGGCCUUGAUUCUGCAGGUGGCUGAACAGAGCGUGGCCAAAGCCAGCCUGUGCACAGAUUCCAGGAUGGAGGCUGGGAUCAUGGAGUCUCCUCUGCAGAGAAAGCUCUCCAGGCAGGCAGGACUGCCGGGCACCGUGUGGGGGUGCCUCCCCUGGGGGCACCCUGCGGGGGGGCACCCUGCACCACCCCACCCGCAUGGCGGUCCUGAGGACGGGUCAGAUAAACCCACCCACCCCCGGGCUUGGGAGCACAGCGCCUCCCCAAGGGUUCUGCAGGAAGACCUGGGUCGGCCUGUGGGGAGCUCAGCCCCGCGCUACAGGUGCGUGUGCGGCAAGGCGUUCAGAUACAACUCGCUGCUUCUCAGGCACCAGAUCAUCCACACCGGCGCCAAGCCCUUCCAGUGCACAGAGUGCGGGAAGGCCUUCAAGCAAAGCUCCAUCCUGCUGCGGCACCAGCUGAUCCACACUGAGGAGAAGCCGUUCCAGUGCGGCGAGUGCGGGAAGGCCUUCCGGCAGAGCACGCAGCUGGCUGCCCACCACCGCGUCCACACCCGCGAGCGGCCCUACGCAUGCGGCGAGUGCGGCAAGGCCUUCAGCCGCAGCUCCCGGCUGCUGCAGCACCAGAAGUUCCACACCGGGGAGAAGCCCUUCGCGUGCACCGAGUGCGGCAAGGCGUUCUGCCGCAGGUUCACCCUCAACGAGCACGGCCGCAUCCACAGCGGGGAGCGGCCCUACCGGUGCCUGCGGUGUGGGCAGCGCUUCAUCCGAGGGUCCUCGCUCCUGAAGCACCACCGGCUGCACGCGCAGGAGGGCGCCCAGGACGGCGGCGCGGGGCAGGGCGCCCUGCUCGGAGCUGCGCAGAGGCCCCAGGCGGGGGACCCGCCCCACGAGUGCCCGGUGUGCGGGAGGCCGUUCCGACACAACUCCCUGCUGCUGCUGCACCUGCGCCUACACACGGGCGAGAAGCCGUUCGAGUGCGCGGAGUGCGGCAAGGCCUUCGGUCGCAAGUCCAACCUCACUCUGCACCAGAAGAUCCACACCAAGGAGAAGCCCUUCGCGUGCACCGAGUGCGGCAAGGCGUUCCGCAGGAGCUACACGCUGAACGAGCACUACCGGCUCCACAGCGGCGAGAGGCCAUACCGAUGCCGCGCCUGCGGGAGGGCCUGCAGCCGGCUGUCCACCCUCAUCCAGCACCAGAAGGUGCACGGCCGCGAGCGCGGGGAGGACACAGAGGGCAGGCGGGCGCCCUGUUGGGCUUCCUGAUGACGGGGACGACAGGCCGAGGAUUCACGCUGGAAGCCCACCCAAACCGGCGGGGCCCUAGCGCAGAAAUUCAGAACCCCACGUCCUGAAGGUGAAGCAAAGUCUAAAGAAAGGGCCAGCUCCCAUCAGGAGCUCGGCUUCUUGCUCCAGCCGGGCACUGGGGAGGGAAAGGGCACCAGGCAGCCCGUGGUGUGGCCUCAGGAACCACUAUCAGCCACCAUUUCCUGGGACCUUCCGGAAAUGUCCAGGAGCGGGCAGAAGGGAGGGAGGGAGGGGCAGCUAUGCUCAGUCCCCAAAGAGCAGGGCACAGGGGACGCCAUAGACGCAUAUGCAGCUGAGCUUCCCACAGGCCGGCCAUAUGCAGCUGAGCUCCCCACAGGCCGGCCCGGGUCUUCGUGCAGAACCAUUGGGCACAGCCAGGCCUUAGCACCAGGCCCCGUGUGGCGGUCAAUUUCAGGUGGUGUAAAGCCGACUAACAGGAUACAAGGUGCCUUAGCUGGCUGCCAUGUCUCCUGCCUGUAAUCCCAUCACUUUGGGAGGCUGAGGUGGGAGGUUUGCUUAAGCCCAGGAGUUUGAGACCAGCUUGGGCAACAUGGUAAAACUUCUCUACAAAAAAUUUAAAAAUAAGCCAGGUAUUGUGGCCUGUGCCUGUAGGCUGUAGUCCCAGCUACUCAGGAGGCUGAGGUGGGAGGAUGGGUUGAGCCUGGGAAGUCAAGGCUGCAGUGAGCUAUGAUAGCACCACGGCACUCCAACCUGGUUGACAGAGUGACACCCUGUUUAAAAAAAAAAAAAAGCCUAGAUGGCUGGUGGAGCUCUAUCUAUCUAUCCGUCUCUUUUUUUGACGCAGGAUCUCUCUGUCAGCCAGCCUGGAGUGCAAUGGCAGAAUCAUGGCUUACUGCAGCCUCCAGCUCCCAGACUCAAGCGUUUCUCCCACCUUAGCCUCCUGAGUAGCUGGGACUAAGGCACACACACUGCACCUGGCAGCUGGUGAAGCAUUGUUUUUGAGUGUGUGAGGAUGUUUUCAGUGGACUCAGUGAAGAUCUGCCCUCAGCGUGGGCAGGCACAUCCACUUGGUUGGGGGCCCAGAUGGAACACAAAGGGAGAAGAGAAGCAAAUUCUCUUUUCUGGAGGGAGACACCCAUCUCCUGCCCUUGGACAUCAGGACUCCAGGUUCUUCGGCCUUUGGACUCAGGCUUGCCACAGAGGCCUCCCAGGGCUCUCGGCCAGUCAGCCUUAGAAUGAGAGUUACACCACUGGCUUCCUUGGUUCAACCACCUUACCUGGACUGAGCCUCACUAACAGCUUCUCUAGGUCUCCAGCUUGCAGACAGCCUAUGGGAGGACUUCUCAGCCUCCAUAAGUGUGUGGGCCAGUUCCCCUAAUAAAUCCCCUCUCCUGGCCAGGUGUGGUAGCUCUUGCCUGUAAUCUCAGCAUUUUGGGAGGCAGAGGUAGGCGGAUCACCUGAGGUCAGGAGUUCGAGACCAGCCUGGCCAACAUGGUGAGACCCCCGUCUCUACUAAAAAUACAAAAAGUAGCUGGGUGUGGUGCUGGGUGCCUGUAAUCCCAGCUACUUGGGAGGCUGAAGCAGGAGAAUCACUUCGACCUGGGAGGUAGAGGUUGCAGUGAGCCGAGAUCGAGCCACUGCACUCCAGCCUGGGUCACAGGGCAAGACUCUGUCUCAAACAAAUAAAAAUCCCCUCUCCUAAACUCCA